AAGAUUGGAGCUCCGUGCUCAAUCGCGGCAUCGCCAGCAACCAGCCCCAAGCCGACUACAGCCCAGGCAGAGAGACCUCAACCCUUCCCAGCAGACCCAACUUCUCGCAGCGGCUCACUGAUCGGUCCAUUUUCAAUCAACUCACAAUGGCCGGCGGUUUAGUAAAAUACCGUCACCUCAGCCGCGACUCUGCGCACCGACAAGCGCUCCUCCGCAACCUGGUCACCUCGCUCAUCCGCAACGAGUCGAUCCACACAACAUGGGCCAAGGCCAAGGAAGCCCAGCGACUGGCCGAGAAGCUCAUCACGUUUGCAAAGAAGAACAAUGAGACGGCGCGGCGGAAAGCCCAAGGGAUUCUCUACACACCGCACGAGUUAAUGCCCAAACUCUUUGGCGAGAUCCGCGACCGGUACCUGAACCGGCCCGGAGGCUACACGCGCGUGUUGCGGACGGAACCCAAGAGCACCUAUGACCAGGCUCCGAGCGCCAUCCUGGAACUGGUCGACGGGCCCAAGGACAUGCGCUUCGCCAUGACGGCGGCGACGGUGGCGCGCGACCGCAAGCUGGGCAAGAGCCACACGGACCUGACGCAAAAGAACAUCGCCAAGGUGACGCGGUACCGACAGGAGGGGCGCGAGGAAUUCGAGAAGCUGGUCAACAAGAUCGAGGACAUGGGGCUGUAA